UUGUGAGGUUGAGUAACUCUGGCAUGUGUGUCUGUCCUGGACUGGUUUCUUGUGAAGAGGCAGUGUGUGGAACGCUGGUUGUGUGUGUUUGUCCUGGACUGGGUUCUUGUGAAGAGGCAGUGUGUGUAACUCAGGUGUGUGUGUGUAUCUCCUGGACUGGGUUCUUGUUUCGGUGACUCCUGUCCUGUGGGAUGAAGAGGAUGCUGGGUCCCCUUCUCAAACUCCUGCUGCUUUUGACCACGGUGUCACACGGCACCGCGACCUCCUGCAGAAGCCCAGAGGGUGAAAUAUCAGCCCAAUAUUACGGAGCUCUGGGACAAUCAGCUUAUGUACACCUGAUAAACAACAGUGUUGAUCAUUCGGAUUUACAGUUGGAAGUCUUUUUCAAGUGUGAAAACAUUUUCACCUACAAGCAGAGAAAUAAAAUAACUCGUUUUUUUUCCGGUAGAAAUGGUCAGUUCCUGAAGAAUGGAACCUUAAGGCUGGAUAAUUUAACAAAAAAUCAUUCUGGAGUAUAUUCAAUUGAAGAGUUUUUAGGUGGUACAGGCAGGGGAAAAAGACACAUAACUCUGACCAUUCAAGCCCCAGUGUCUCCCCCUAAACUGUUCCAGCACUGUCAGCCCCAUGGAGAGAUUCGGGCCUGGUGCUCCAGCACAGGGGAGCCCCCCCAGUACAGCUGGACUCUGAAUGACCGACCCCUGGAUGGGGGGGUGGCCUUCCUCAGCAAUGAGACCCAAACUGUCAUACUGAAGAGGGACAUACCCGGAUCUAUCACCUGUACAGUCAGUAACCACGUCAGCAAGGAAAGAACCACCCAGAAACUCCUCACCUGUCGAGAGUGCCAAGAGCAGAUGGUUGUUCCUGUGGCACUGGGAUCUUGCUCGGUUCUUCUCGCUAUCCUGUUGGGGACCUGGUGCUGCCUCUACAAAAAGAAGCAAAAACAACCAAAGAGAAGCCAGAGAAGGACUGGUGACACGUAAAUCCAGCCAAUCGUAGUGACCUUCCUCAAAUUUAGGCCGAAUACCCACUUGAAAUUCAGGGGGAUUUUUCCACAGGAACUACAACAUCGUGGGAAGGAUAUCUUUCUUUUUUCUUUCUUUUUUCUCACAGUUUUUUGGUAAUGUGAACUGUAAUUUUCCUCCCUGUCACCUUUGUGGGAGAGUUUGUGUGUUAUACAAUAGAGAUAUUGCAGAACACAAACAGAUAAUUAUGUGACCAGCAGGGCUUGACAUCAACACCUACCAGUGGCCAAAUCCGGAUAGAAUUUGGCAGUGGCGUGUAACUUGUUCACUCUUACUGGCCACUUUGGCAGGUGAGAUUUCAGUCACAUUUUCUGAAUCUGAAAUUAAGUCAAUUGAAUUACGCUUAUGUUCCACUGCAAACGCGUCUUUUGGUCAGAGUAAUACUUUCCAUAUUUCAGAGUUACAUAUACUUUCAUGAGGUAUGGACUUGAUAAAAUAAAAUAAAUUCUGACAAAAUAUGUCAAUUACCUAAUUUGUAUACUUUACUCAAAAUGACAAAUUUGAACAUUUUUGUUUUUGUUGCAGUCUAUAACCUAGUAAGAUAAUGUUAUAAUUCUUUCAGAUUCUAAAUAAGACAUUUUGAAGAUAUUUUGAGCCAAUUUGUAUCACCAGUCCCCAAAAGCCAUUUUUCUCGAAUUUUCAGAUUUUCCAUGAAGAUUUUUCAUGAAAAUUGUGAAAUUUCAGAAUCUAACAAUGGAAUUUGUGAUGCUGUACCUGUCCCUAAAGCAUACAACCUGGUUCUCCUGGAUAUGAAGUAAAGGAUUUCAAAGUUUCAUCAUGAUAGGAUGACUAUGCACUGAGACAGAAAUGGUACAUAAUUAUACUAAUUCCACCAUAUACAUGGUGUAAUCACUCAAAAGGUGGCAUUAUCCUGAAAAUUGAAUAGUUGAGGGAUGAUUUGCAGCAAUAAACAGAAAAGGGUCAUUGAUUUUUUCAGUGGAACAGAACCUUAAGGCAAUUUUGCGGUGACCCUGCAUGAUACUACAACUCCCAUGAGCACUAGGUGCGAUCUCAAUCUAGCUUCUUCAGUGGGAGCAGGCAAACUCGGGUGAACACAGCGCUGCAACUUCAAAGUGUCUGUUUGUAUCCAUGGCACUGGACAGCGCAGAUUCAGAUCCUCUAGUUCCAAUCUGAAAACAUGGAAGUGACAACGAUCGCAGCACCGAACACAGAAAAAGAUAACGGUUCAGUAAAUGAGCGUGAACUUCGACCACAGACAGUUCUGUGACUUUGAGAAAUGCCCAUGAAUUCAAAGUUGCUUUAGCUUAUUUUUAAAAGGCAAAGAAAAUAAAAAAGGGAAAACAAAAAAAGAAAGAAAAAAGUAGGCUUGUCACAGUGUCUGGUUUAAGCUGUGCAUUCAGCAGUUAUACUGCAUAAUGCCAAUACUGAUAUUUUGCAAUUGUAAUUAAAAGUAAUCAUCAAGUAAAAACAAUCAAAAAUUAAGAAAGAGUUCUGUUACUCCAUAAAGCGUCUGUAACGGCAGGAUACAAAUAAAAACAUUGUGCAUGUCACAUCAACAUUAUGUAAAAUUGUGGCUAUGGGUGUGGCAGCCUGUCGAGAAGUGGCUAAGUUAUGACUGGGUCCAGGAUGGUUGAUGUUUCAAGCCCUGGUGUAGCCACGAUAUGAUCCACACAGCGGUUGGGCCCUUGAGCAAGGCCCUUAACCCCGCAUUGCUCCAAGGGGGAUUUUCCCCUGCUUAGUCUAAUCAACUGUAAGUCUCUUCAGCUAAAUAACUGCAAUGUAAUGUGUGCACUUUGUUCUCUGCACUGACGCUUGGAGAAUAUUCAUGGAAAAGGUAUGCAAUACAAGUGUUUUGUAAUUGAAAUGAUUUUGAAGUGCAUUUUUUAUUUACUGUUCUCUUUAACAAGCUAACAUGGUAGUUAAGAGUGGUGUAUAUCUUUUUUGGUUAGUGUAGGUGACUUAGCAAUUACAAUGAUUUUUAUAUACCAUACAUUGUGUGUAUUUGCCUUCAGUACAAUCUAUUUUUGUCAAGUGUAUUUUUUCUUUAAUGAUGUAUUUCAUAUUUCUUUUUAAUAUGAAUGAAGAAUAUAUGUCUCAACUCAUGCAUGUCUCUGCAACAUUAUUUGUGAAUGUAUAUUUUAAUAAAAUGGGUUCCAACUGUUA